ACUCGCUCAGAGAUUCCGGAGUAGACGCACGUUCGAUCGCCUUGCAUUUUUCUAUACUUACGAUAGUUUAAUUCCCGUAUUGUUUUGUUAGUUUCCGCCCUUUUACUCUUGUUCUUUUUGUUUGUAUCCAGUGUAGUAUUUUUUUGGCUUGUUUUAUGUGUUAAAUGUAAAUUCUAAUUUAAAUCAUUAUAGCUGACUUAUACUGAACUUUGGACUUUCUUUGUUCACCAUACUACCUAAGUCAUAGUGCCGUUAAGAAUACCUAAUCGCUACAUUGGUGACCACGACGAUGGCAACGGAUGAUAAAUUCCAAGAUGCAGCUGCUGGAGAAUCCUGCAGAGUUAGUGUGCGACCUCCGCCUUUUUGGCCUGAGGAACCAGGUUUAUGGUUUGCCCAAAUGGAAGGCCAGUUUAUUUUAUCAAAUGUGACGUCUGAUACAACAAAAUUCUACCACGUUAUUGCACAACUUGACCACCGGUAUGCAACAGAGGUAAAGGAUAUUAUUACUUCACCGCCGUCAACAAACAAGUAUGAAAAGUUAAAAACGGAACUUAUUAAGCGUCUUUCUGCGUCCCAGGAGCGUAAGGUUAAACAACUUCUCAUGCACGAGGAGUUGGGCGAUCGAAAGCCAUCUCAGUUUCUAAGACACUUACAACAUCUUGCCGGACCCGCAGUUCCUAAUGAUUUUUUGAAAACCCUGUGGUCAAGCCGUUUACCAGGAAAUUUACAAACAAUAAUAGCAUCACAGUCUGAUUUGCCAUUAGAUAAGUUGGCAGAUUUGGCAGAUAAGGUCCACGAGAUUGCGCCAACCACACUAGGACAAGUCGCCAGCACUUCAUCUUCGGGUAUUACUACUUCUUCCUUCGAGGCAAUGGUUCAACAGAUAAGUGAAUUGACUAAGCAAGUAGCGAAACUUACUACAACACAGGUAAAUAAGUAUCCCCGAUAUCGCUCAAGAUCUCGAUCUAAAUCUAGGGUCAAAGGUAAGCGCAAUUAUUCUAAAACGCGACCACCACAGACACCUCCAAAUCAUCCUCACUGCUGGUAUCAUUUUACAUAUGGUACGCGUGCCAGAAAAUGCUUAGCACCUUGUAAUUGGGAGGCGGAAAACUCAACGGGCAGUCGGCAGUAGCGGCCAACGAUUGCCCAGCUAACACAGGCCGUCUAUUUAUUACUGACCGUGUUUCUAAAAUGCUUUUCCUCGUGGAUACUGGGUCAGACCUUUGUGUAUUCCCACGGUCAGCUAUUAAGACGCCGUGUACCCCUACAAAGUACAGUUUGAUUGCUGCGAAUGGUACAGUCAUAAAUACUUAUGGAGUUAUACAGCUACAGCUGGACCUUGGACUCAGACGUACUUUUACAUGGAAUUUCACUAUUGCCAAUAUUACGAAACCCAUUAUAGGAGUGGAUUUCUUAGGUUUUUAUAAUCUGCUUGUAGAUUGCCGGAGUCAGCGACUAAUAGAUGGCACAACUACCCUUUGUGUAUCCGCACAACGCCAGAGAGUCCCAGAGGAUGUCAUCUCAAUCAAAACCAUCUCUGGUGACAACGAGUUUCAACAGCUGUUACAUAACUUCCCGGAGAUCACCCGACCUGCAGAUAUUGCCUCACUAUCAUCGAUAGAUUUACACGAUGGCCUGAGGCGAUUCCCCUGAAAGACAUCACAGCAGAAUCCUGUGCCUCCGCUCUGGUAUCUGGGUGGAUAUCCAGAUUCGGCUGCCCUGCUCGAAUUACAACGGACAGAGGACGCCAGUUCGAUUCCAGCUUAUUUAAGGCAAUCGCAUCCAUGGUUGGUGCUUGUCAUUUCUGCACAACUGCCUACCACCCUUCUGCUAAUGGAAUGGUGGAGCGCGUACAUCGCCAGCUGAAAGCUGCCAUUAUGUGCCACAACUCUACACAAUGGACUGAGGUACUUCCGCUUGUUCUUCUUGGUAUUCGCAGCUCUUGGAAAGAAGAUAUUCAAGCUUCGUCUGCUGAACUGGUGUAUGGCGAACCUCUUCACCUUCCUGGCGAGUUCAUGAGCCCUAAAGAAAACCACUGCACUGAAGAUUUCACCACCUUCGCCGCCCGUCUACGCUCACAUAUGGCUAAGCUGACGCCAAAACCAGCUAAGUGGCAUAGAAAUGGUCCAUUUUAUAUACCCAAAAAUCUAACAGAUUGCAGUCAUGUAUUCCUGCGUCAGGACCAUGUACGAAAAUCACUAGAGCCUCCAUAUGCGGGCCCGUAUCAAGUUUUAGGCAGGCACCCGAAGUUUUAUAAAGUGCCCGUGCGAAAUAAAGCGGUCAGCGUCAGUAUUGAUCGUCUAAAACCUGCGUAUGUUACAGAUGGACCCACAAAUACUUCGGUUGCUACAUCUUCAUCACCUCCUCUUCCAACAUGCAUCCAUAACGACCAAAAAACGAAGGAAAGGAUUACUAAGAGUGGAAGAAAAGUUCAUUUUCCUGAUUACUAUCGACCGUAGCCACGGUCUCGGCGGGGGAGUACUGUGGGAUACCAACAAUGGACAAAGCCACUUCGCGCGCGCACACGGCCAUCGGAAUACUUCGGCAACCUUCGGAAUUUACGUCCGUGACAUUAACCAUACUCUCAUCACGCCAAGGUGCCCUUCACUCGCUCAGAGAUUCCGGAGUAGACGCACGUUCGAUCGCCUUGCAUUUUUCUAUACUUACGAUAGUUUAAUUCCCGUAUUGUUUUGUUAGUUUCCGCCCUUUUACUCUUGUUCUUUUUGUUUGUAUCCAGUGUAGUAUUUUUUUGGCUUGUUUUAUGUGUUAAAUGUAAAUUCUAAUUUAAAUCAUUAUAGCUGACUUAUACUG